GAAAGAAUGAAGAAACAGAGAGACAGUACUAUACUCUAUCGUUACUCUCAUCUUCUACUUUCUUCUUCUCUCUUUCUCUCUCCUAGGGUUUCAGUGUUAGAGAGAGAAUGGAUUGAAAGUUCACAAUUAUUCUCAAUCUAGUUUCCUUCAUACUAUUCAGCUUCUUUGCUAUGGAAGACAAAGAUUCGGUUGCUAAAAUGAUGGACUCUACAACUUCAAAGAUACAACAGCUGCAAAAGGCUUUUGCUGAACUUGAAAGUUACCGAGCUGUUACUCUUAACGUGAAAUGGAAAGAAUUAGAGGAACAUUUUCACGGGCUGGAGAAAUCCUUGAAGAGGCGCUUUCAUGAACUCGAAGACCAAGAAAAAGUGUUUGAAAACAAAACAAGGAAAGCUCGUGAAAUGUUGGUGAAACAGGAAGCGGCUGCUUUUGCCAAGGAGCAAGCCUUGCUGCAGAGUCUUCAAGAGAAAAGAGAUGUUGCUGUAUUCACCAUUGUAAAUGCCCGAGAAAAACACAGGAAGGUUUCAUCAAAGGAUUUGGGUAUUGUCUUUAAUGCGAAUCAAGGCUCACCAGGUGUCGAGGAGAAACCUUUGGAUGCCGUGUCCACUGGGUGUGAAACUACCUUAGAAAAUGUGAAACAUGUGGACAUGAUGUCUUAUCCAGAGUUGGUAAAACUAUGCAAAGAGAUAGAUUCAGCUGGACUUCACAAAUUUAUAUCUGACAAUCGCAAGAACCUUGCUGCUGUAAGGGAGGAAAUACCACUUGCAUUAAGAGCUGCUCCUAAUGCUGCCCGUCUAGUUUUAGAUUCUUUGGAAGGGUUUUAUUCUACCGAAGUGUCAAAUCAGGAUAUAAAGAAGGAUGCUAACUUGUUGGGUCUUCGCCGAACCAGUAUCAUGCUGCUGGAAUGUCUAAGUGAUUUCCUAACCGAUUUGGGUUCUGAUUCUAACGUGGUUUCUGAAGACAUCAAGGAUAGGGCAAAAGCAGUUGCUGAAGAGUGGAAGCCAAGAUUGGAUACUCUUGACAUUGAUGCUAGCAAUGGGAAUUCCUUGGAGGCUCAUGCUUUUUUGCAACUUCUAGCCAGUUUUGGUAUUGCUUCUGAUUUUAACGAGGAGGAGUUAUCCAGGCUAAUUCCAAUGGUAUCUCGACGUCGUCAAACUGCUGAUUUAUGCCGGUGCCUUGGGUUGUCGGAGAAGAUGCCUGGUGUAAUUGAGGUUCUGGUGAACAGUGGGAGGCAAAUUGACGCGGUUAACUUGGCUUUUGCAUUCGAUCUGACAAAACAGUUUUCUCCUGUUUCCCUUCUAAAAUCUUAUUUGCAGGAUGCUAGAAAUUCUUGCUCACCUGUCAAAAGGGGUAACUCUUCCCCCACUGCACAGAUUGAAGUUAAUGAACGAGAGAUGAUUGCUCAUAAAGCUGUAAUCAAGUGCAUUGAAGAACACAAACUCGAAGAGCAGUAUUCUCUGGAACCUCUCGUGAAACGAGUUGUCCAACUAGAGAAGGCCAAAGCUGACAAAAAAAGGGAAACUGAAGCGACAAAGCCUCAACCAAAGAGACCACGUGCUAACGGUGUAGGAUAUGGUCCUCGUGUCACUAACAACAUCCCUUCUGACAAAACUUCCUAUGCUAGAGUUGCUGCUGACAGGUACCCACAAUAUGUGUACGACCGACCUUACAUGUAUGCUGGACCAACCGACAAUCAUUAUCCCCCUAUCCUCAGCAAUGCACAUUAUAACUUCUCUCAUAAUCAUGGAAACUACUUUGGAAAUGGCUAUGAGUACCAAGCUACUUAUCUUCACUAGUUAACUGAGUUAUGAGCAGGAGAUUAUGAUCCUUUUGUUUAAUAUAUCUAGUAUUAACCUUUUUAAGAUGUUCUAUGUUGUACUUUUAAAAUGUAGACUUUAAGAAUCACUAAAAAAGGGUAAAAUUUCAUGUUAAUGUUUUAACUUUUGUACUAGAAGGUAUUCUGAUCCUCUAAUGUAUGAAUUCUGUUCUUGUUUUGUACAAACUUAUCUUAAUAUUUUCUUUGUAGUA